AUGGCCGGGAAUCUUGAACAAAUUGUACAAGUAGCCUUACAGAAUUCGGACAAAGAUUUAAAUUGUAUUACUAUCACUGGUGAAGUAUUAGAAUUUGAUCCUGGUGAUAUAAAAGCUGAGAUUGUCGCCAACAAUGGAUUUGAACCUGAGAUUACCCUCCAACAAGAAGAAGUAGAGUACAAAUGUGCAAAAUGUUCCUUCACAACGUUUCUGGUUUUUGAAUUUGAGUUGCAUGCUAAAAAUUGUAUUAUUAAACAAGAGGAUUAUGAAAAUGAGCACCUGCGUUGUAAGUUUUGUAAUAAAGUCUUCAAGCAAUUAGGUUGGUUGAAUAGUCACUUGGUAAGUCACUCGACAGAGAGGCGUUAUAAAUGUGAUAUCUGUGAUAAGGCGUUUAAACGAAGAAACAAUUUAAAUGAACACAAAAAAAUACAUAAUAAAGAACCUGCUGAAGUUAUUUAUAACAAUCCUGAUAUUGAAAUUGAGCCUGAAGUCACACUGGAACAAGAAGAUACAGAGUAUAAAUGUGAAAACUGUGAUUUUAUAACUUUUUUAACCUACGAAUACGAAUCUCAUAUUAAAAAAUGCAUGGUUAAGUCUGAAACGGUUGAAUAUAAUCCUGAUGAGGGCCCUCACAAAUGUAUGGUUUGCAAUAAAGGUUUUAAACAUUUAGGAAUGUUACACAGUCAUUUAGUAAGUCACUCCACAGUCCGACAAUAUAAAUGUGAUCAAUGCGGGAAAGGCUUUAAGCGUAGGAAUAACUUAAACGAACAUAUAAAAAUACACAGUAAAGAAACCCCCCACGAGUGUUUUGUUUGUGCAAAACGUUUCAAACAACCUAGAGACUUGUUAAGGCACAUGGAAACCCAUACUGAUGAAAAGCGAUACAAAUGUGAUUUAUGUGAAAAAACAUUUAAAUUCAAAAAUCUUCUCACCAGGCACGUGCGGACACAUUCUGAGGAUAAGCCUCACGAAUGCCCCGUGUGCAGACGUGCAUUUACCCAUCACAGUUAUUUAUUACAUCAUAUCAAAAGCCACUCUGAAGACCGUAACUAUAAAUGCACUGUUUGUGAUAAAGCGUUUAAAUUAAGGAGCACCUUGGGGCACCACAUGAAAAUACACACAGGAGAACGUGCACACGAGUGUCAAAUCUGCCACAAAAGGUUUACUUUAUCCGGUCAUCUGGUGCUCCACAUGGAUUCCCAUUCUUUAGAAAAAAAAUACAAGUGUGAGUUGUGCGGGAAGGCUUUUAAAGGACGAACCGGUUUAGUGUAUCAUAUUGAUACGCACUCCGAAGAAAAAAAACAUAAGUGUCAUAUUUGUGAUAAAAGGUUCCAGGGACGAGCAGGUCUUGUUUACCAUAUGGAGACUCAUUCUACGAUAAAACAGAAGUGUAAAAUUUGUUUAAAAGAAUUUGUACAUAUAAGCGAUAUGGCUAGGCAUAUAAAAAUAUUACACUCGAAUGAUAAACAGUUUAAAUGCAGUAUUUGUCAGACUUCUUUCUUCGAUGAAGAAAGUUUGACUGAACAUAUGACUAUACAUGAAGAGAAUAUAGAUGUACCGAGUGCACCAGUGUUAACAGAAGCUGUUCCUGGUGCACAUUUUUUAAAUGGAUGUUGA